AUGCUCGCACAAUGGUCCUAUCUCUUCAUCCUUAGCGUUUUAGUUGCACUUGUGGUCGCGCAAGACAAUCUGGAGACGGUACCCAACCCGUUCAAAGACGGGCCAUCGACGCCCGCACCCAAGACCGAGCAGCCAGUAUGUACCCCAUAUGGCCGCUGUGAACCCUGUCCGGAUGAUGCCCUGAAGGAACCAUUCUGCCAGCCAUUCGGUAACCGACAGUUGAUGCACUGCACGUCUUCCUCCCCUGUUACUCCCUCCGACUCUGCCGCAUCCUCUUUCGAUACACCGCCAACAGAACUGGACAAAUCCGGCAACCCCGUCACAGGUCUGGUACCCGCAUGGGCCAGUUGUGGUCGGAUACCGGCCCGCGAACGAGCGGACUUCUGGGAGUUCAUUGCGUGCAACGCGUUUAUUGCCGCCUGCGCGCUGGGCGCGGUUGUUGUCCGAGGACGGAAGAUCAGCGCGCUUGCUACGAGAGAGUUGGCCGCGAGGAUCGGGGUCGGCGUUAGAGCAGUAUAG